CGCGAACGUUUCGAUAGUUUCCAUUUUGUCGUAAAAUCGUUGUUGUCGUAUCGGUCGCGUGUGUUGGAUUCGUAUGAACGACGUGAACGCGACCCAGCCACGAGUUUCAGUUCCGCGGGCAUGACGUCCGUAGAGACGAUGGAGGUGGUGUCGUCGACGAGCGUCGUCGAGGAGGCGAGGCAGGUGGUGGAGAGCGAGUCCACGAGCAGCGUGGUCGAGGUUAUUAUGCACUCCAAGGAUAACAUCAAGGUCCUCGAAACAGCCCCGCAGAUCGUAUCUGCUCACAGAACCGGAAAGAGUUCCCAGGACUUCAUAGCGGGGGAACAAAUGGAAUCGGUCAAGCAGGCCAAAACGGUACGGGACGGCUCGAAAAACGCGAAAGAAAUCGAGAUUCGAUCGGACUUGCUUCGAGGGGACGUUUUAGGGGAGAGUAGAUCGACGGAGAUGCAAAGUCGCAGCGAAUCUCGCGCCGAAAGCAGCCAGAAGACCGUCUCCUCGACGACCAUCGUGGAAACGUGCUCCUCCACGGAGGAUUAUCGCGACAAUCUAUCGACGAAGAGGAUAUUGAACGGGGACCACAAACCGCGAGUGCAGACGUCGUCGACGUCGUUCGAGAGCAAAAUGGCGAGCAAGGAGACGCGGGAGGAGAACACGAAGGACGGUCAGACGGUUUCGAGCACGAGCAAGGUCCGCGAAACGGACGAGAAGGUCGACGACAAUGGACGCGUGUCGUCCUCGCAGAGUCGUAGCGUCGACAACGAGACCACGGUCGUGCCCGCGGACCUAGAUCGCGUUGAACUUACGGAUGACGUCAGGAGGGCCGGCAAAAAGAUUUCACUCGACACGGAGAGCACUGGGAACGUUGGUGAAAUUGUCACCCGGUCGGUCAAGCCAGGCCAGUCUGCGUGGGACGGCACCUUUGUUAGCGAAAGUCCAACGUCGGUUAAGGACAGGAACGCCGCGAGAAACCUCGAGACGUCUCGAGUAAAUCGAGACUGUCGCGACAAGGCGAAAGUAGAUCGGCUGGUUUCGAAGCGCGAAAACGAGUCGCGCGUUGAAGUCUCCGAGGAGAUCAGCUCGAUCGUCGAUCAGCGGGUGUCGUCCACGUCGUCCGUGAUCCGCGACAGCAAAAUCGUCAGAGACGACGGCAGGGUGUACUCGAGCAGCCUGGAGGGCUUCGAUCGAAACGUAGACACGAUCGAUUUCGCUGACGGACAGAAACGGGUUACGACGGAGGCGCACUCGAAGGGCUCGCCGCGUUACACGAAACCCGGGGAUUCCACGUGGGACGGCACCUUUGUAACGGAAAGGCCUCAGGAGCCUCGACGAAGGAACGUAUCGGACGCCUCUCUCUUCCAGCAUUUUGGCGACGACAACGUCGUGGAGUCGACGCAGCGGUCGGACUUCCGCGAGAAGAGUUCCGAUGGAUCGUACGAGAAGAAGUCGUCGAACGUCGUGCACGUGGUGCAGGGCGCGACUGACACGUCGAGAUUUCUAUCCGAGGAGCGCAAGGACGUCACGGAAGAGGUUUACAUCGAUGGGAAAUUGGUUGGCAAAGCGGAUGUCCCGAGGGACACGUCGAGUCGAAGGCUCGCGAGACCCGGGGAUUCCGCGUGGAACGGUCAGUUCGUGUACGAAAAGCCGCAGGAUAUUAAGAAGUCGAUGGUAAAAACGAACGAGAAACGACACGACUCCGUGGACGUCCAGGACGUCACGGAAGAGCAAAAUUCUACGAACGUGUCCGAGUCCGUGUCGACUUCGUACGUCAUGCAGUACGCUACGUCCAGCGACGAGAAGAUAAAGAACGUCGAGAAGGUGACUUCCGUCUCCGAGACGAUCUUCGAGGAGGAGACCGGAAGCGGCGGACCUCAGCGUCGAGCCGGGAGCCCGGAAAAGGUGAUCAAACCGGACACGACGUCGCGAAGCUACAGACCGGGACAAUCUGCUUGGGACGGGAGCUUUGUUUACGAGAAACCGCAGGUCCCAGAACGUCGCCGGAAGCCGGAUGCUAGAGGUACCACCGACUCCGUCACCAUACGCGACGUCACGGAGGACAACUCGAUAAACGAGACGGAAAUAUCCACCACAUCCUACGUUGUCGAGCAUUCGUCCAGCCAGCAGAGUUUCACGGAUGUCAAGGACUCUAGCCUCUCGUCCAUACACGAGACGGUCGUGUUCGACAUACAUCCUGUGCGUCAGGAUGGUUCGAGCAAACCUGGAAGUCCAGAGAAAACGACCAAAGGCGGAGACAUCAGGAUCGUGAAGCCCGGAUCGUCGACCUGGGACGGGACGUUCGUCACGGAAAAACCGCCCGACAGGAGGAGGACCAACGAGAAAUCGACGGACAAAGUCGAAUCCGAGAGCACCGCGGCGAAAUCGAGGAAACACGUGAGCGACUCCACGUUGAAUAUCCGCGACACCGAUCUAGGAGUGUCCAGCAGCUCGGAGAUCUUCAGCAACACCGUUGUCAUGGAGCAGUCGACCACCCACGAAAGUUACUCAGAUUCCUUGAAUCUGGAUUACUCCACUAGCUCCAUGGAGACUGUAAUAUUCCGCGAGGGCGCCCUACCGUCGUCCACGCCGAAGAAGGUCACGAUCAAGGAAGGACCCGAUUCCAAAAAGAAACCCUUAGAGCCUGAAAAAAUGCCAGAGAAGCGACCCAAGAGUCCUGAAAAGCACGCUGCCACGAAUCUGGAUUAUUCCACGAGCUCCACGAAGACUAAAGAAACAACACACGCUAAAGAACAAACGCCAGAGAAACGUUCCAAGAGUCCCGAAAAGUCCGACAGAACCGUUCGACCUUCGAAGCCCGGUGCCUCGACGUGGGACGGAUCUUUCGUUUACGAAAAAACCACGGACAAAUCGGACGAUAAAAAGCUACCAACGGAGAAGCAAGUCCCGGCUCAGAUCGUGCCAACGGACGCUACGAGAAUUCCAGAGGGAACGAAGCCUACUUACAUCACCGAGAAAUCGUUCAAACUAUCAGACACCUCGAAGGAUGUCCAGUCGUCCGAAUUCGUUACCUCCACCCUCCUGAACCGUACGUUUGUCAGCGACUCCGAGGUUCUCGAUUCCUCCAACGUUACCACGACGCUCGUUCACGAAGUCGACGACAGAAGAGGCCCUGAAUCUCCGGAAAAACGACCCAAAAGUCCCGUGGACAAGACGGCGAGACCGACCAAGCCAGGCGCUUCCACGUGGGAUGGAUCCUUCGUUUACGAGAAACCACAAGAUCAGAGGAAGAAACCAACAGAUCGAGAAAGAGGACCAAAAGAUUCUCCGGUUAAAGAGACACCGAAAGAUGAUAAACCAGGCUCCCUGGUCCCCAAAGACGACGCUACCAAAAUCUCGAUCGUCGAACGCGAAAUCGCGGAUGUGAGAGACGUCAAGGAUACCACGGAAGUCCAGCGAUCUUCCUACUCGGUGGAUCAAUCGUCCAGCUUCACGUUGGUGCAGGACGUACGCGACGUGGUCGAGGAACGUGUCGUCAGCGAAUUCAAGAAAGACGCGAGAGAUGUCACCGAAUCAACGACGGAAUUCAUCGAUAAAGAGCAGGUGACUAGUAUGGUAGCGCGGGAUGUCGUCGACGAGACUCGGUUCGACAAAUACAGCAGCUCGGUUCCGCGAUCACCCGCGGAUUCGCCGCGGAGAAGCUCACCGGAACGACCGGGCUAUCCGCGCGGAAUACCCGGACUCAGAGAGGACGAGCGGCCAAAACCGAUUCCGGCAGCUGGGAAACCGAGUCGACCUCCUCGACGCGACCACAGCCCAGAGGAACCCAAAAGACCAACCGGAGUCAGGGCACAGCAGCCGGAAAAGCCGCGCGAUUAUGUUUCGACGAAGUCGAUGCCCGCCGCGGGGAAACCGAGCUGCCCCGAUGAGAGGCAGAUUCCUCCUGAAAGGGCACCGCGUCCCGAGGAAACGACGUCGGUCCCGGGUAAACCGAGCCGUCUCGACGAGAAGCCAAAGGUUCCCGAGAAGCCCGAGCACCGUCCAGCAGCGGGUAAACCGAGUCGACCGGAGGAAAAGCCGAAAAAGCUGGACGAACCACCCAAGAGAGGCGAUCAGACUCCGGACUCCCUCGACGGGGACGACCUUCAACCUGGAAAGAUACCAGUCAUCCUGUCCAAGAUUCCUCUGAAGGAGCAGUGCAUCUGCGAACUCUGCACCUGCGGGCGACAUCGUUGUCACCACAGCGUGCCCCAGGAUCGUUUGGAGCUUUCUCAGGACGAACCUCUCCACGUGAUCACCUCGUACCGCGAGGAGUUCGACGAGAAACACGUGGACAGGCAGACGAUCCACCACCAUGAGGAUCAUCUGCGUAUGGAAGGCGACUUCAUCGGCGAGAGGCGGGCUGACUAUGUGGCGACGAAGGGCGAGAGAGCCCCGGUGAGGAGGCCGCAGGAUAACUUGAAACCGGAGGGGGAAUUCGUCGGGAGACCGCGAGAGGAAGCUCCCAAAUAUGGCGACCGUGCGCUGGUCAAGAGACCCCAGGACAAUCUCAGACCCGAGGGAGAAUUCGACAGUACGACCACGACGGAGCUGGUGUUCACCGGGACGCCCGGCGAACGACCGAGCGCGGUACGUCGGAACACCUACACGAAGGUCGAGGGUGAAUUCAUCGACUCGACCACCUCGAGAUCCGAGUACAUCGACCAUCGAACCAUCCAGCGUGCCGACAUCAUCAAACGUACGGACAAUCUGACAGUGGGAGAGGGUGAAUUCACGGGUACCUCUCGUCUCAAGGAGGAUUUCCACAGUUACGACGCGAUCGAACGUGAACCACGAAGACGUCUCGCGUUCACGGAGGAGGACGAUCGAUUUUACAAGACCGAUAUCGUGGAGAGCACCACGACCACGCAGGAACAACAUCGAACGUUCGAUCAGACCGAUUACAGAAGCACGUCCGUGAUCAGACGGGACGACAAUUUGAAACCGGAAGGGCCGUUCGAAGGUACGCCGCGCAGUAAGGACGAUUACAUCGUGCCGGCGAUAACCAAGAGACCGGAACCCCAGAGGCCUAAGGACAAUUUACGACCAGAAGGACCCUUCGAAGGACGUCCAAAGGACGAUUAUAUGCCGACCAGAGGAGAGAGGGCGGAUGUUAAGAGGCCGGAGGAUAACUUGAGACCGGAAGGUCCGUUCGAGGGAAGGCCAAGGGACGAUUAUUCACCGAAAUGGUCCGAGCGUCCCGAAGUGAAGAGGCCAGUAGAUAAUCUGAGACCGGAAGGACCCUUCGAAGGACGUCCAAAGGACGAUUAUAUGCCAACCAGAGGAGAGAGGGCGGAUGUUAAGAGGCCGGAGGAUAACUUGAGACCGGAAGGUCCUUUCGAGGGAAGACCCAAGGACGAUUUCACACCGAAAUGGGCCGAACGUCCAGAAGUAAAACGACCUCAAGAUAAUUUGAAACCGGAAGGACCGUUCGAGGGACGACCCAAGGACGAUUAUAUGCCAACCAGAGGAGAGAGGGCGGAUGUUAAGAGGCCGGAGGAUAACUUGAGACCGGAAGGUCCUUUCGAGGGAAGACCCAAGGACGAUUUCACACCGAAAUGGGCCGAACGUCCAGAAGUAAGACGACCUCAAGAUAAUUUGAAACCGGAAGGACCGUUCGAAGGACGACCCAAGGAUGACUUUUCACCGAAACGAGCCGAACGACCGGAAGUCAAGAAGCCCGAGGACAACUUGAGGCCCGAGGGACCGUUCGAAGGGAGACCCAAAGACGAUUUCACCCCCAAGUGGUCGGAACGCCCUGAAGUCAAGAGACCACAGGACAAUUUGAGACCGGAAGGACCCUUCGAAGGACGUCCAAAGGACGAUUACAUGCCAACGAAGGGAGAACGUGCUGAUGUGAAGCGUCCAGAGGACAACUUGAGACCGGAAGGUCCGUUCGAGGGAAGGCCAAGGGACGAUUACUCGCCAAAAUGGGCAGAACGUCCGGAAGCGAAGAAGCCUAAGGAUAAUUUGAAACCCGAAGGACCCUUCGAGGGCCGCCCCAAGGACGACUUUUCCCCAAAGCGUGGCGAACGUCCGGAAGUCAAACGACCCGAAGAUAAUUUGAGACCGGAAGGACCCUUCGAAGGACGUCCAAAGGACGAUUAUACACCGAAAACCGCAGAGAGGCCGGAAGUGAAGAGACCUCAGGACAAUCUCCGACCGGAAGGCGAAUUCCAGGAUCGUCCUAGGGACACGUAUACUCCCGGAGAGAGACGUACGCCCAUCAGACAUCCGGAUAAUUUGUAUCCAGAGGGCGAAUUCGAGAAACCGAGGCAGAUACCUUACGGUCCAGGUGAAAGGGCACCGAUAGUCCGACAUCCUGAUAACUUAUUCCCCGAGGGAGACUUCCCAGACAGGGAACGGAAACCGUUUAGUCCCGCGGAACGUAGAACUCCAAUCAAGCACGAUGAUAAUCUAAGACCGGAAGGGCCGUUCGAGGGACGUCCAAAGGACGAUUAUACACCGAAAACCGCAGAGAGGCCGGAAGUGAAGAGACCUCAGGACAAUCUCCGACCGGAAGGCGAAUUUCAGGAUCGUCCUAGGGACACGUAUACUCCGGGAGAGAGACGUACGCCCAUCAGACAUCCGGAUAAUCUCUAUCCAGAGGGUGAAUUCGAGAAACCGAGGCAGAUACCUUACGGUCCAGGUGAAAGGGCACCGAUAGUCCGACAUCCUGAUAACUUGUUCCCCGAGGGAGACUUCCCAGACAGGGAACGGAAACCGUUUAGUCCCGCGGAGCGUAGAACUCCUAUCAAGCACGAUGAUAAUCUAAGACCGGAAGGGCCGUUCGAGGGUCGUCCAAAGGACGAUUACAAACCGACGAAGGGAGAACGCGCGGAUGUGAAGCGUCCUGAGGACAACUUGAAACCGGAAGGUCCGUUCGAGGGAAGACCCAAGGACGAUUAUUCGCCGAAGAAAGCAGAGCGUCCGGAGGCGAAGAAGCCUCAGGACAAUCUGAGACCGGAAGGGCCCUUCGAGGGUCGUCCAAAGGACGAUUACAAGCCGACCAGAGGCGAACGCGCGGACGUCAAGCGUCCAGAGGACAAUCUAAAGCCUGAAGGUCCGUUCGAGGGCAAACCGAAAGAUGAUUACUCGCCGAAGAGGGCAGAACGUCCGGAGGCUAGGAGACCAGAGGACAAUUUGCACCCCGAGGGUGUGUUCGAGAGGCCAGAAAAACCUGUGGUCGGUCCCGCUGAGAGACGUACUCCGAUCAAACAUCCGGACAAUCUUCGUUCCGAGGGAGACUUCGAGAGACCGCGCCACGAAGAGUUUCGACCGGCGGAGAGGCCGGAGGUCAAGAAGCCCAAAGACAAUUUGAAACCGGAGGGUGAUUUCGAGCGCCCCCGUCAGGAGAAGUUCGGUCCAGCCGAGAGACGAACGCCCAUCAAGCACCCGGACAAUCUCAAGCCCGAGGGAGAAUUCGUGGGCAAGCCUAAAGACGAAUUCACGCCCACCAAAGGCGACAGAGCAGUGGUGAAGAGACCGGAAGAUAAUCUGAGACCGGAAGGACCGUUCGAGGGUAGACCCAAAGACGACUAUCAACCCGUUCGUGGCGAACGAGUCGACAUCGUGAAACGCACUGACAAUUUGCGAAUGGAAGGAGAGAUCGAGACUUACAGGUCCAGGGACGAGUACACGGAUUUCCUGAUCCGCGAGCGUACGGAGGUGACCAAGUACGAGGACAAUCUACGCAUGGAGGGUGAAUUCACCGACUCACGAACCAGGGACGACUUCAAGGUAGUGAGAGGUGAACGAGUGGACAUCGUCAAGCAUCCCGACAACCUGCGUCCCGAGGGACCGUUCGAGGGCCGCCCGAAGGACGAUUACAGCCCCAAGAGGGCCGAGAGGCCGGAAAUCAAGAAGCCUGAGGACAACCUGAGGCCGGAGGGAGAGUUCGAGAGGCCUGAGAAGAGACCCUACGGUCCAGCGGAGAAGAGGACGCCGAUCAAACACGAGGACAACUUGAAGCCGGAGGGAGAAUUCGAGAGACCCAAGCACGAGGAGUUCAGGCCGGCGGAGAGACCGGUGGUCAAGAAACCACGCGACAAUUUGAAACCGGAGGGAGAGUUUGUCGGGCGUCCCAAGGAGGAGGCUCCUCGAAAGGGCGAGAGGGCGGACGUGAAGAGGCCAAAGGACAAUCUCUAUCCGGAAGGCGAGAUCGAUGUUCCAGAGAGGAAACCCGUGGGACCCGCGGAGAGGAGGACGCCCAUCAGACACGCGGAUAAUCUGCGACAGGAAGGCGAGUUCGAGAGGCCCAAACCGGAAGAGUUCAAGCCGGCAGAGAGGCCGGUUGUGAAGAAACCGCAGGACAAUCUGAAGCCGGAGGGCGAGUUUAUAGGUCGUCCGAAGGAACAGGCGCCGACAAGAGUCGACAGGGCUGAUGUCAAGAGACCGGAGGACAACCUGAAGCCGGAGGGCAGCUUCGAGAGGCCGGAGAAGAAGCCUUUUGGUCCUGCGGAAAGGCGAUCCCCCAUCAAGCAUCCCGAUAAUCUGAAAUCCGAGGGCGAAUUCGAGCGUCCCGACCACGAGCAGUACAGACCCGCCGAGAGACCGGAAGCUAAACGGCCCAAGGACAACCUGAAGCCGGAAGGAGAGUUCGAGAGGCCUGAGAAGAGACCCUUCGGUCCGGCGGAGAAGAGGACGCCGAUCAAACAUCCGGACAAUCUCAAGCCAGAGGGUGAUUUUGUCGGGAAGACGAAGGAGGAGGCGCCGAAACGUGGAGAACGCGCGGACAUCAAGAGACCUCGCGACAAUCUGAAGCCGGAAGGCGAGUUCGAGCGACCGGAAAAGACCCCGGUCAGGCCAGCGGAGAAACGCACGCCCAUCAAGCACCCCGACAAUCUGAAACCGGAAGGAGAAUUCGUCGGGAGACCAAAGGACGAUUACGUGCCGACCAGAGGAGAACGCGCGGACGUCAAGAGGCCUGAGGAUAAUCUGAAACCGGAAGGACCGUUCGAGGGAAGGCCAAAGGACGACUUCGUCCCUGUACGUGGCGAACGGGUGGACGUUGUUAAACGGACCGAUAAUCUUCGUAUGGAAGGCAACAUCGAGACUUACAGGUCCAGGGACGAGUACGCGGAUUUCCUGGUCCGCGAGCGAACGGAGGUGACCAAGUACGAGGACAAUCUACGCAUGGAGGGUGAAUUCACCGACUCUCGAACCAGGGAUGACUUCAAGGUAGUGAGAGGCGAACGAGUGGACAUUGUCAAGCAUCCUGACAACCUCCGUCCCGAGGGACCGUUCGAGGGUCGUCCGAAGGACGAUUACAGCCCCAAGAGGGCCGAGAGACCGGAAAUCAAGAAGCCUGAGGACAACCUGAAGCCGGAAGGGGAGUUCGAGAGGCCUGAGAAGACUCCUGUCGGCCCUGCUGAGAGAAGAUCGCCCAUCAAACACGACGAUAAUCUUCGUCCCGAGGGAGAGUUCAUGGGUCGACCGAAGGAACAGGCGCCGAAGAAGGGCGAGCGAGCGGAGGUGAAGAAACCGAGGGACAACCUGCGUCCGGAGGGUAGUUUCGAGAGACCGGAGAAGAAACCGGUGGGUCCUGCGGAAAGAAGGAGUCCCAUCAAACAUCCGGACCAUCUACGACCGGAAGGAGACUUCGUCGGUCGUCCCAAGGAAGAGGCACCCGUCAGAGGUGAACGAGCGGAUGUUACUCGACCCAAGGACAACCUUCGACCCGAGGGAGAGUUCGACAGACCGCAGAAGUCUCCGAUAGGCCCGGCUGAGAAGAGGACACCGAUUCGUCACGAGGAUAAUCUUCGCCCCGAGGGAGAAUUCGUGGGCAGGCCCAAGGACGAUUUCACCCCCAAACGUGUUGAUAGACCGGUUCAGAAGAAGCCCAAGGACAACCUGAAGCCGGAGGGCGAGUUCGUUGGAAGGCCAAAAGACGACUAUAAACCGACCAAGGGCGAGAGGACGGAGAUCGUCGUGCACCGGGACAACCUGAGGAUGGAGGGUGACAUCGACGUUCGACGAUCUAGAGACGACUACAAGAGCGUGUCGAAGAUCGAGCGCGUGGACGUGAUUCGUCGGGAGGACAAUUUGAAGAUAGAGGGAGAGUUCGUGGAUGUUCGAAGGCGAGACGAUUACAGGGUGACCCGUGGCGAACGCAGCGAGAUCGUCAGACACGAGGACAACCUUCGAACGGAGGGUGAAUUCGAGAGGCCGGAGAAAUCCCCGGUUGGUCCGGCGGAACGACGAUCGCCCAUCAAGCAUCCGGACAACUUGAAGCCCGAGGGACAGUUUGCCCAGCGUCCCAAGCCACCGACGCCCACGAAAGGAGACAGGGUCCCGGUGAAGAAGCCCAAGGACAACCUGAAACCCGAGGGAGAGUUCGAGAGGCCGGAGAAGUCUCCGGUCGGACCGGCGGAGAGACGUUCGCCGAUCAAACAUCCGGACAAUCUGCAUCCCGAGGGAGAGUUCGUCGGUAGACCGCGACAGGAGACGCCGACCAAGGGAGAACGCGCGGACGUAAAGAAGCCCAAGGACAACUUGCAUCCCGAGGGCGAGUUCGCCAAACGGACCCCUCAGAAGGUGGGACCUGCCGAGAGACGGACUCCCAUUCGUCACGAGGACAACCUCCACCCUGAGGGAGAUUUCUACGCCAGCCCCAAGGACGACUUUGGUCCUAAGAGAGGUGAUCGCGCGCCGGUCAGGAAGCCUCAGGACAAUCUGCGCCCGGAAGGCGAGAUGGAAGUCAGCCCGACGUCCAGGGACGAUUACAGAUACGUGAACGGGGAACGAGUGGAGGUCCGUCGUCACGAGGAUAAUCUGAGGAUGGAAGGGGAGAUGGACGUUCGCAGGAGGGACGACUACAAGAGGGUCACCAAGGUAGAGAGGGUGGACACCAAGAGGCGCGAGGACAACCUGAAGAUCGAGGGCGAGUUCGUGGACGUGCGUCGCAAGAGCGAUUACACGCGCGUGGUCGCCGAACGGGCCACGAUCAAGAAGCAUCCCGACAACCUGCGUCCCGAGGGAGAGUUCGACCGACCGCAGAAAUCUCCCCUGGGACCCGGGGAGAGAAGAUCGCCCAUCAAGCAUCCUGAUAACCUGAAACCGGAGGGCGAUUUCGAGCGCAGAACCCCGGAGAAGGUGGGUCCGAUCGAGCGUCGAUCGCCCAUUCGUCACACGGACAACCUGAAACCGGAGGGUGACUUUGUGGGAAGGCCUCGGGACGAUUUCACACCGAAGAGGGCUGAGAGGGUGGAGGUGGUGCGCAGAGAGGACAAUCUGAGGAUGACAGGGGACUUCCAAGACUCGACGUCGCAGAGGUCCACGUACACGGUGGUGCGCGGGGAACGCGCCGAGAUCAAACGCCACGAGGACAACCUGAAGGUGAGCACCGGGGCGAUGGAGACGAAGACCACCAGCAGGGACAUGUACACGCCCACGAGGAAGGAGGACUCGCCGACAGGGAAGACCGUGAGCCGCAGACACCACAUGGAGUCCUCGAUCAAUCUGGGCGACGACAACACGACCAUGUCCACCACCACUCAGAGGAACUACAAUACCUUCACGAAACGCACCGCCAAGGAGGUGGCGGCCAAGGUGAGCAGCAUGGAGUCGGACACCAGGAGAAGCGUCUCCACGGAGUCCAAGACCAUGGAGAACGGCACGGUGAUCACGACCACCAAGAAGACGACCUCCGCGCAAUCUGGGGAAAGAGUCUCCUCUGCCCAACCGUACGACGAGCCGUGUCCUCAUCCGGACUCUAGAAAAUUGAUAUCGAGCAAUCAGCAAUACACGAACGAGCACCAUCAGAGGAUGCACUCGAGCGAGCAACAUCUGAGAUCGCAAAAUAUCACUCAAUCCCGACGCGUGAUAGAUGAGACGGACGUUCAGAAUCAUCGGGAUCGAACGAUCGAUCAUCAGAAGCAGCUCGAUCGACAGCAUCAAGAGUCCAGCAAACGGGAUUACGUGAACACCCAGCACAUGGAGUCGCGACAAACCUCCAGCAGACAGAGACAGCACCACGAACAGCACACGGUCUCCAGCCAAGCUCGUUACAACUCGAACCAGUCGAGCAGCGCGGAGUUCAGGCAGGCGAUCAGCGGCCAAUCGAUGGACAGAUCGCAGAUGGACGCGUCGAUCGCGAAGACCAGUCAUCACAGAAAGAACGUGAUCUCCUCGUCUGCCGACGUGACCAACUCCGUCCUCCACAGACGCGGGGGCGUCGCCAGCUCCACGGAGGCGCUUCACACGAUCUCGUCGACGGCCGCCGACCAGAAGAAGAGCAUCUCGAAUCUGGCGGAGAGCGGCCAGUACAUCAGCAACUCUAGCCAGAGCAGCGAUCGACGAAGCUUGACAUCCCUGCACCGCAACACCAAGGACGGGAACCCUUGGGCCUCCUCCACCUACGAGCGUCCCCAAAGAAUCGUCCGACAGGACAACCUGACGGUGGGCGGGAAGUUCUACUCGCACAGCGAGACUAAAAAUUACGGAAAUUUCAGCACCCAGAAGGUCGAGAGGGUUCACAGACAACCGAACGUGUCACACAUCAACCUUGGCGACGGCUCCACCGUCUCCUCGAGCAUGUACAGAAGGGAAUACGCGCCCAGGCACAAGGGACCUUGUCCAGCCGCUCUCAUAGAGGCCAAACAAGCUCCCUUCAAGCACACCAGGGACACCCAGAAGCAUAAGUUCUACAUGCCGGUCGUUUCCAAUUAAAGUCGUUCUCGAAAAUUUCUGCCACGAGGAUACUGGGGGCGGACGAGGAGAACCGGAGCUAGAAGAACGCUUUCUUUCGUUUCUCAAUGCUAGAUUUACUCGAACGAUCAUAGCAAAAUGCUGGUUUUCUUUUGAUUAAAUUAAUAUUUUUGUUUCGUUAGUUUAUUACGCUGUAAUUGUCAAUCUCGUUUCGUUCCCGGACUCUUUGUCCGCCUCCCACGAAAUUAGGUCUAAUCGUAAGCGUAAAGGUUCGUAUAAAUUGCUGUGAUGAAUUCGCGUAUACUUCGAACGAUAUUUAUUUCUUACAUCGGCUAGAUCGACGAGGAACUGCACUAGAUAUGUAAUAAAUACGCAUAUAUACGUUAACUAUAUAUACAAAUCAACUUGUGGGGCUCGAGGCAAGAACGUUGUUAAUGUCUCCGGAAGCUGAGAAAUAUUUGAAAAAUUCUAGACAUAUCCGGCGUUCGUGGCUUCCGGAGACAUUGAUUCGUGAUUGAAUCGAUACCCUGUGCGUCGAUAUAUUUUUAUCCUCGAUGAAGGAUUCGGUACUAUAGGCCGGACAUCGAUAGUUGAAUAUCGAUCAGACACUCUUGAACCGCGAGAGCGCGCGAUUCGAACUCGUUAAAAUAUUUUGUUUGUCACAUUAAGCCACGUGUAUUACAAAGCAAUAACUAGAGCUUAAAUCCGUGAUACGGACGGUCCCGAUUCGACGAUCGGCGCCGUCCGAUAUUUAGAAUAGGCGCGGCGUCCAGACGCCGUGCGUAGCAUUUCUAAUCCGCUUUCUUUCAUAUUUACCGUUCUUCUAUCUUGUUGGUAACUAUAUAACGUCACUACUUCCCUCUCCCCUCGUAACACCCUGCGAUUUACAUUAACCCACGUUCUAAUAAACACGCAUGUAACUCGUCUCGACGUUAAUUUCGUCCGGCGUCGAAAAAACCGAGUUCCUCCGUGGAACGGAUUAUUAUUUUGUUUUUUCCCUCUCCUUAUUUUGAGUUUGUUCAUUUACGAGAUUUAUCAAUGUGUUCUCGAUCGAAUAAAGAUGUUUUUGCAAUUAA